AUGGCUGAAAGAGGUCGGAAAUGCGAGAACAAGUGUGCCCAGCUGAACGACGCGGCGCUGAAGGUCACGAGGGGAAUUACAGAGGAACAUGCUGGCGGUAGGGUGCAUCAAGAGGCGGCAGAAUCGGAAGUGGUUACGGCGGCUCUGGCUGAGGAUGCCGAAUGGCCCGCCGAAGAGACGACGGACAUACAGCGAGGCACGUUGGAGAACCUCCACCGUAGACUUGGUCACCUGAGCUACGAUACUGGGGACAAACUCGCAUUGGAUCCGAGCAUGGGAUUGUGUUUACGAGUCAAAGACAAGUAUAUUGUUUGCUUUGCGUGGAAGGUAAGCAAACAAAGUGCAAACAGUUCGGGAAACCCCGGUGAAUAUGCGGCAAUAGAUCGCUUUGCUGGCAUGAUAUGA